AGCCAGGAGGACAUAGUAAAUGCAACAUAACUUCGAUUGAGAACAAUAUCUUUACAUAUGUAAUUUAUGCUGUUUGUUGUUCAUGAUAUAUAUCCACUAAUUAAAAGCUUAGGUACAGCAAUAACCAAGAAGCUCAAUGCGACACCUAUUCACGAAUACCAAAAAAAAACUUUUCAGAAAUGUAUUCAUACGAUGAAGCUUUUUAUAAAUAACAUCUUAUUUUUAUUGCAUAGAAAUAAAGAAAUAUUUCACUUUCUUCUCUAUAGAUAAAGAUUGCUAUAGUCCUAUUAUUUGUUUUAAAAAAUGUUUAAAAAAAGUUAGAACUGUAGUUCUCAUAUUCAUUGGUUUUUUAAAUCCUCAUUUUACACGUCUGCAAUUUUUGUGACUUCAUAUAUUGCUCAAAGAAAAUGGAUGUGCAAAGAUAAUACUAAACAGAAUAUAAGUUUACGAGUAUUUGGCAUAGUACAUUAGAGUACAUCAAAACUAUAUAGGAGCAUUCUAGAAAACUUCAUCAUCACACGACGAGUACUCACUUGCUGUACUCAGAUAACAAGUUGUUGGUACGAGCACUACCGAUGACUACUCGAAAUCUGCGAGUAUUCUUGAGUUCUCGCGGCAUGUUCUAGCGUACAUGUUUUUUGAAUACUCACUUGAUGACUCCCUUCACUGGAGUAAUCUGGUAAAAUUUAGUCUAGAACGGUAACUAGACCAGGUUUUGCGCUGGUUUCUUUGCCGAAAUCGGCUAUAAAGAUACAACAGCGUUUAGGCAAAAAAGUUCUUUUAUUUUUUUUAUAGAUUGCAGCGUAUUUGGAUCCAUUUACACUUGCCGAAAUGUCUGUUGAAGAAACUAAUGAAGCUUAA